AUGGCAGAUAAUGAUCUCGCGUUCAACGUGUCUCAUUCAAAAUCGUUCCAGGCGUUUGUGGACGCGGCCGUCAACUUCGCGAAGCCAUACACUCUUCCCACACCCUACCGAGGCUCGGGCCCGCUGCUUGCCAAACUCAGGGCUGAUACGGAAGCCCUCGUUCAGCCGCUCAAGGACUCUUGGAACAUGAGCGGGUGCUCCCUCUCGGUGGACGGGUGGACGUGCAUCAAGUCACGAGGCAUGGUGUGCGUCAUCGCGCUUAACGACACGGCACCCGUCAUUGUUGAGGUCGUGGACUCUAAGACUGCAAAAAAGACUGGAGCGUACCUGGCGGGACUUAUUGGCGAUGCGAUCCGCUCUGUGGGAGGCCAUCACGUCGUCCAAGUCGUGAUGGACAACGCGUCCAACAACAAGCGUGCGGCCGAGUUGCUGAAACCCGAAGUUCCCCAUGUGUUCUUCACGAAUUGCGCCGCGCAUGUGUUGGACCUCAUGUUGCACGACUUCGGGAAGGUUCGGGCGGUGAGACGCGUUCUAGCCCAAGUACACCGCGUGGUUAUGAUGGUGAAGGGCAGCGCCUCCGCGGUUGUGCUUUUCCGCACACUCUUCACGAAGUUGUCGUUGGUCCGGCCCGGUGCAACGCGUUUUGGGACCCAAGUGAUCAUGGUCGGCCGCUUCUUGGAAGUGAAGAGGGCGCUUAAGGCGAUGGUGAUUAGCGAGGAGUGGGAGCAGGUGGCGGUGGCACGGUCGAAAGAGGGGCAAGCGGUCCGCACGCUCCUACUUGAUGAUGUGUUUUGGGAGCUCGUUGUCGCAGUCCAGCGCCUCAUGACUCCGGUCUAUGAGGUGCUUCGGGCUGUUGACAAACGCUCUCUACUCAUGGGGCAGAUAUAUGGCCUCAUGUUAGAGGCCACUGUCAAAACGAACGAGGCUGCAGAGGCGGCAGCGGGACUAUUCGUCAAGCGCACCGGCCUUCUCGCGACAAAGGACAGGCCGUCCUUCUUGGCAACCAUCAAGGCAAUCGUGGCCAAGAGAUGGGACGGCCAGCUACACAACCCGUUGCAUGCUUUGGGGUGGCUCCUCAACCCCCGAAACCAGUAUCAGAAUGCGGUGCGAAACGACAAAGAGGUGAUGGCAGGGGCGGAUGCGGUCAUCCAAGCCCGUGGUGGGGACGUGGCUAAGCGCGCAUUGCUGUGCGCUCAGCUGGCCCAGUUCCACAAAGGAGAGGGGCGGCUUGGAUCACACGACGCUCGUUGGGCGGCCUCGACGUUGGUGGAGGGUGGGCGCUUGACGGAUGCCGAAUGGUGGUGGAUGUAUGGAGGGGAGGUCCAAGCGCUACAGGAGCUGGCUGUGAUGACCCUAUCACAGCCAGUCACCUCGUCUGAGGUGGAACGCUACUGGUCCGCCCUUGCUCGUGUGCAGAGGCGGGACCGGAACCGCCUGGCCGCCACAAAGAUGACUGACGUCACCUUUGUGGCGUUCACCAGGCGGGCACGUGAGGCUUUCGAUUGCAGGCAGGUUGUGCGUGAGAACCUGUAUCGUGACCUGAGCAAUGGCACACUCAAGGACGGCUGCCCCGUUCCCCCGGUCGCGCCAGAAGUUGAGGAAGAGGGGGCUGAAGUAGUGGAGGGAGAGGAGGAAGAGUGUACCACCACCAUUAACUGGGCGGAGUUCGGUAGCGUUGGGAAGAAGAGCAGGAAGAGGAAGGCGGGUCCGGGAGAGUCCUCCAAGAGGAAGAGGAAGGGGAAGGGGAAGGGGAAGGGCAAGGGCAAGGGCAAAGUUUCAGGCAGGGUUGUGAGGAAGGGAAAAGCUGCAGAGUGGGGGGAGGAGGAGGAGGAGGAGGAGGAGGAUGACGAGAAAGAGGAGGAGGAGGAGGAGGAGGAGGAGGAGGAGGAGGAGGAGGAGGAGGAGGAGGAGGAGGAGGAGGAGGAGGAGGGGGAGGAGGAGGAGGCGGAGGAGGAUGAGGAGGAGGAGGCUCUGGCGGUGGACAGCAGUGGGCGUGAGGAGGCGGCACCCGCCAAGAACCAAAGGGGCAUUGAUCCGUGGGAUAUCAGCGAUGGUGAUAGUGGGGAGGAGGAAGAGGAUGAGGAGGAUGACGAGGAGGAGGAAGAAGAGGAUCAUCACGAUGUGAGCAACAACAGCUUGUACGGGCGUGUCAACCGCAAUUUCAAGAACAUGGUGGCAGAUGAGGGUGCCCUCAUCAACUUGGCUCACAACUUCUUCUUCGGUGAUGCCGUGCUCUUUGCUGCCGGCUGCCAGGUCUGCCCCACCGAGAUCACCGAGCCCAACCAGCUGGAGAUGGGGGAUACCAGUUCCAGCGAAGGGGUUGGGAAGUGCAUUACUGGCGUUGGUCUCUUGAGAGAUUACUCAGUUGCUGGGGCAGGCAAGGGUGCAAGGGUGAGUCUGGCGGGCAACUGCCUGACGCUCAGCCCGGACGCGGAGUGCUCAGCCAACGCCACCCAGCGCAGCACGAGAGCCUGCCAGGCGUUCUGCAGCAUCACGGACAACGGCCCGUGUGACGGACAUGGGGAGUGCGUGCCGCCUGCCCCCGCCUCCCCCACCAACUUCACCUGCCUCUGUGACGCCGGCUACUCGACUCUUGACUCGGGCAACGGCUCUACCUGUGCCAUUGUCAACUCCACCACCACCACCACCAAUGUGUCCUCCCUGUCCACGGGCGCCAUAGUGGGCAUUGCUGUGGGCUGCUUUGCUGGCUUCGCUCUGCUGGCUGCUGUGGUUGCAUGGCUGCUCUGGCCCCGCGGACCAACCAUGGCGUCUCUCCACCACUCCCAUCUCGUUCGCCUGCUGGGCUUCUGCCUGGAUCAGAACGUGGAGACGGGCAAGCAGGAGCAGAUCCUGGUGUACGAGUUUGUGGGCAACCGCGACCUCGAGUACCACAUUUACAAAACAAAGAGUGAGUUUCUAUAG